UUUUACACAGUGAAGAACUCAACUGCUACUCAGUUAUGGCUAACUUUGUUUCGAGAUAUGUCGAAAUAUUAAUAGAGGAAUAAUAGUCAAAUAAUAAUCAACCUGUAAGGAUGGAAGUAUUACUAGAAGCAUAUGUAGUGACACUUUACAAAGAUUUAACACUCAGUUUACAGUUCAGCGCUUUGAUUGCUAACCGGGCCGUUCGGUGGUGUAAUGCUCCCUUUGGUAGUAUUCUCCACUGAUGCUCUCUCUGACCUUUCAUCAGUUUAAAUGAAUAAAUACCAUGGUAGUGGAGGUAGAGAGCUUCUUUGGGGUCUACAUGCUCUACUGUAUUAAUCCUAAAUUCAAAGGGCGUAUCUACAUCGGUUUUACCGUGAAUCCAGAGCGGAGGAUUGGACAACACAACGCCGGGAGGCACCGAGGAGGAGCGAAGAGGACGAGCGGUAGAGGACCAUGGGAGAUGGUCCUUAUUAUACACGGAUUUCCGUCGGAAAUUGCUGCCCUGAGGUUUGAAUGGGCGUGGCAGCACCCUCACUCCUCCCGCCGUCUCUCCCAUGUCUCCCGCCGCUCCAAAAAAGAGUCCAGCUUGCAGUUCCACUGGCGUGUUGUCUCCAACAUGCUACGGGUGGCGCCGUGGAGCAGGCUGCCGCUGACGGCCCGCUGGCUCAAACAGGAGUACAGGAUGGAGUUUGAGCCGAGCCUGCAGCCGCCCCUACACAUCCCCAUCGCUUUUGGGAGCGUGAGAGCAAAGAAGAAGCAGGAGCUGCCUACAGGAGACGAGGAGGAGACGACCCGGUGUUUCCUCUGUAGAGGAUUGGUAAAGGUGUCGGAGAAGCUGACCUGUUUCCACCCAUCCUGUUCCAUGAGCAGUCAUCUGAUCUGUCUUGCUAAACUCUUCCUGAAGUCUGAGCCAUCUCACCUCCUGCCGGUGGAGGGCGAGUGUCCAUCAUGUUGUCGCUCUGUCCUGUGGGGGAGUCUUAUCAGACACAAACACGGCUGCUUCGGAGACCUGGAGGAGAUCGGGGUGUCGGACUCCCAGAGUCACUGGGCUGAUGAGCUGCAGAUUUGAGGAAGUGGAUUCAGCAAAACUGAACUUCUGUUUCCUUCCUGAUGAACUGUGUAGCUACAGGACACUGUUUCAGAGAGCUGGAGCAUGCUUUUCAUACUGAACAUGGAAAUGGAGCUUGCAUACAGGCUCAAAAAUCACUCUAGGAUCUUUCUAUAGACUUUUUAAAUAAAUUCUGAUCAUGAAAUUGUUUGAAUUAUUAAAUAUAUGUAGUAAAGAAACAUUUUAAUGCAUUUUUUACAAA